CGGUUUUCUGAAGAAACGAAUUACGAAUAUUGUUAGUUGCCUUGCCUGGCCAACUCAUCGGAAAAAUUUGAAUUUCUGGGCGAAAAACCAUCAUCCCCAACAGCCACAACAAAGACAAAAUUUAAAGUUGGUGUUUAGUUUUGAGGAGCAAACAGAGGACCCUUUGGUUUUGCAAAGAACAGAGCAGAAAAACAGAACAACACCAUUCAACACCGAAUUCCCCAAUUUGUUACCAUUUUUUCUCCUUUCUCUCUCCUCAUUUUUUUCUGUGUCCGAGUCUGAGGAGGUUUGUUUCGCGCAACAACCUCAACCUCCUCGCUAACUCUUCAUUCUAAUCCUCGAAACUUUCGCUUUCAGUCAUGGAAGCCCGCGACCUUCCUCGAUUUGGCAAAUGCACUUCUGGAGUUCGUUUUCGAAGAUUGUGUUGAUUGGCGCAACGAGGAAAAUGUUCGUUUGUUCUUCUCACCCCCUUUCAACCUUAUCAUUUUCAAACCCCCAAAAUAUAUAUUUUUUUAAAUUUUUAUUAGCAUUUUCCGCGCUAAAUCCCCAAUGGGUUUUUCUACUUCGUUCCUUUCGGGAAUGCUUCGGUUGAAUCAGGAGAUGGGGCGGUGAAAUCUCGAUGUGGGUAUGAAAAUUUGAGGGAAAAGUUGUGAAAUUUCUGUGAAUUUUCUCAAUUGAAGUUACCAAGAUGAUGUUAUCAGCUUCGCCAUCUACUCUAGCGAGGAGUUCGCUGGAAGAGAUGCUUGAUUCGCUUCGCCGGAGAGAUGAGGAGGAGAAGCCGAAGGACUUGCCGCCAGCAUUGCCGGCGCGGCCGCCGUCGAGGGCUCGGUUACCGCCGGCGAGACGUUCGUUGCCUAAUAGCUUCAAGGUUGAUGGUGAAAAUGGAGGGAAAGACAAGGAAAACGGACAUAGAAGGAAAAGUAGUUUUGGGAACAAGAAGAUUAAGAUGGAUGUUGAAUCCCCUUACGUGGUUAUGUCAGAAGAGAAAGUGAGUGAACAAUCAUUACCGGAUACUGUUUCAAUGUCAAGUGAUUCUUCUGCUGUUUGUGAAGCUCCUCCUCCAUCUGGGGAAUUCGAGGAUGAUAAUGUUGCUUAUUUCAUCAAAAAGAAACUUCAUGUUUGGUGUAGGCAACCAAAAGGGAAGUGGGAACUAGGAACGAUACAGUCAACUUCAGAAGAGGAAGCAUCUGUUUCGCUCUCAAAUGGAAAUAUGAUGAAAGUAGCCAGAUCAGAGCUCCUACCAGCUAAUCCUGAUAUUUUAGAGGGUGUGGAAGAUCUAAUACAACUCAGUUAUUUAAAUGAGCCCUCAGUUCUUCACAAUCUUCAGUUUAGACAUUCUCAGGAUAUGAUUUACAGUAAAGCAGGGCCAAUUUUAAUUGCACUCAAUCCCUUCAAAGAUGUCCAGAUUUAUGGAAACGAUUAUAUCUCAGCUUAUAGGCAGAAAACUAUUGAUAGUCCUCAUGUUUAUGCUAUGGCAGAUGCAGCUUAUAAUGAGAUGAUUAGAGAUGAAGUAAAUCAAUCCAUUAUCAUAAGUGGUGAGAGUGGAUCUGGGAAAACAGAGACAGCAAAAAUUGCUAUGCAAUACUUAGCUGCUCUUGGUGGUGGCAGUUGUGGGAUAGAGAAUGAAGUUCUUCAGACAAAUUUUAUACUAGAAGCUUUUGGAAAUGCAAAAACAUCUAGGAAUGACAACUCUAGCAGAUUUGGGAAGUUGAUUGAAAUUCAUUUCAGCAUGAUGGGGAAAAUUUGUGGGGCAAAAAUUCAAACUUUUCUGUUAGAAAAGUCAAGAGUUGUUCAACUUGCCUGUGGUGAGAGGUCGUAUCACAUAUUUUAUCAACUUUGUGCUGGAUCUUCAUCUGAUCUUAAAGAAAGACUGAAUCUUAAGGUGGCCAGCGAAUAUAAAUAUCUCAAUCAGAGUGAUUGCAUGACAAUUGAUGGUGUUGAUGAUGCUAAAAAGUUUCAAAGGCUGAUGAAAGCAUUGGAUGUUAUUCGAAUGAGCAAAGAAGAUCAAGAGCUAGUCUUUAAGAUGCUAGCUGCAAUAUUAUGGCUGGGAAAUAUAUCAUUCCAAGUUACUGACAAUGAAAAUCACAUUGAGGUGGUGAAUGAUGAAGCUGUAACAUGUGCUGCUUUGCUAAUGGGCUGCAGUUCCCAGGAGCUAAUGGCAGCAUUAUCUACCCAUAAAAUCCAAGCUGGGAAGGAUACUAUUACCAAGAUGUUGAACUUGCGGCAGGCAAUUGAUGCAAGAGAUGCAUUAGCAAAAUUUAUCUAUGCAAGCUUGUUUGACUGGCUUGUAGAACAAGUUAACAAGUCACUUGAAGUGGGUAAACGACGCACUGGGAGAUCCAUAAGUAUCCUGGAUAUUUAUGGGUUUGAGUCAUUCCAGAAUAACAGCUUUGAACAGUUUUGUAUUAACUAUGCCAAUGAGAGGCUUCAACAACAUUUCAAUAGGCAUCUGUUUAAACUUGAGCAGGAGGAGUAUGAAUUAGAUGGCAUUGAUUGGACCAAAGUAGAUUUUGAGGACAAUCAAGAGUGUUUGGAUCUCUUUGAGAAGAAGCCUCUGGGGCUACUCUCUUUGCUGGAUGAAGAAUCAAAUUUUCCCAGGGCCUCUGAUCUAACCCUUGCCAACAAACUUAAGCAGCACCUGCACACUAAUCCUUGCUUUAAAGAGGAAAGAGGCAGGGCUUUUAGUAUCUGUCAUUAUGCAGGGGAGGUUUUGUAUGAUACAACUGGCUUCCUAGAAAAGAACAGAGAUCCAAUGCCUUCUGAUUCCAUUCAACUACUGUCAUCAUGUAGUUGUGAACUGCUGCAGUUGUUCUCCAAGAUGCUUAAUCAGAAGCAAUCAAAUACUUUGCACGGAAGUGCUCUAGACUCUCAAAAGCAGAGCGUUGGUACAAAGUUCAAGGGUCAAUUGUUCAAGUUGAUGCAUCAGUUGGAGAGCACCACACCUCACUUUAUUCGCUGUAUAAAACCAAAUACUAAGCAACACCCUGGAAUAUAUGAUGAAGAUCUUGUGCUACAACAGCUCAAGUGUAGUGGAGUUUUGGAGGUUGUUAGGAUUUCUAGGGCUGGAUAUCCUACUCGAAUGACACAUCAGGAGUUUUCCAGAAGGUAUGGGUUUCUGCUUUCUGAGGCAAAUGCAUCCCAGGAUCCAUUGAACAUCUCAGUUGCUGUUUUGCAACAGUUUAACAUCCCUCCCGAAAUGUACCAAGUUGGCUUCACCAAACUGUAUCUUCGAACAGGGCAGAUCGGGGCACUGGAAGACAGGAGAAAACAGGUUUUGCAGGGAAUACUUGGGGUUCAAAAAUCCUUCCGUGGUUAUCAAGCUCGUCGUUAUUACCAUGAACUUAAGAAUGGAGUGACUGCUCUACAAUCAUUUGUUCGUGGAGAAAUUGCAAGAAGGAAAUAUGGUGUUAUGGUGCAGUCUUCUUUGGCUAUUGCUUCUGAAAAAAUUAAGAAGAUAGAGGCAGUCAUAGUACUACAAUCUGUAAUUCGUGGGUGGCUGGUUCGAAGGCAUGCAAGUGGCUUGAAGAAGGUUAAAAAAUAUCCUGAAAAUGCAAAAUCUAGGCAAAAGUCUCGGGUGAAGAUGCCUGAAGUAAAGGAUGUGUCCAAUGAGCGGGUCCAGAAUCUUCCUUCAGCUUUAGCAGAACUCCAAAGGCGGGUUGUCAAGGCUGAAGCUACAAUAGAGCAAAAGGAAGAGGAAAAUGCAGAAUUGAAGGAACAGCUAAAACAAUUUGAGAGGAGGUGGAUUGAAUAUGAGAAAAAGAUGAAAUCGAUGGAGGAGAUGUGGCAAAAACAAAUGGCAUCUUUGCAAACGAGCCUUGCUGCUGCUAGAAAGAGCCUUGCAUCUGAGAAUGCCAGUGGUCAACCUGCAAGACACGAUGCUGCAACACCUUUUGGCUAUGAUUCUGAAGAUGCCACUUCCAUGGGAUCUCGAACGCCUGGUGCGAGCACACCUUUGAAGUAUUCUAGUAGUCUUUCUGAAGCAGGAGUUGGGAGAGAUGCUAAUGGUUCUUUGACUUCAGUCAGCAACCUGAUGAAGGAAUUUGAGCAACGCAGACAUGCCUUUGAUGACGAUGCCAGAGCUCUGGUUGAGGUUAAAACAGGUCAAUCUGCUAACACGAAUUCUGUUGAAGAACUCCGGAAACUCAAACAUAGGUUUGAGGGGUGGAAGAAAGAAUACAAGGCUAGAUUAAGAGAAACAAAAGCAAGAAUUCAUAAAUUAGGAAAUUCAGAAAUGGAUAAAAGUCGACGAAAAUGGUGGGGGAAAUUGAGUUCUAGAGCAUCAUAGCAUUCUGUUUUCAAAUGUUCUCUUUCCCAAAAGUGUAUAAAAGGUGAGAAGAUUAUCAAAAAUGGUGAAAUGCUUGUUGUCAUAAACUCUCUCAUUUUGAAGAGUUGCUACUUCUAAGUGUUAAUGUUACUAUCUGGUGAAGGGAAAAAGUUGUAUAUGUACCAAUUUUGUUACAUGGGGAAAAUUGUGUAUACUUGUAGACUUUAGGUUGCAUAGUUGUAUUAGAAGUCGAGUUUGGUCAUGUAUACUGAUGAAAUGUAAAACUUAGCCUCAAGGAUAUAAAUAGUUAAAGUGUUGAUAACAUCAAUCUAAUUGGAACAAAUUUCUUAUCCUUUUAUGUCUUCUUUUCUUAGAGGUUCAACUUUUGGUGUCUGUUUUGAUGUCCAUCAUUGCAGUUCUGAUUAAAUAAGAGUCUUAAUUAAC